AUGACCAAAAUUUCUCCAUUACUUCCAGUAAUACUAGGAGAAAAUCACUGUAUAGAAGAUUUCUUCAAACCAAAUAAGGCAGUAAAAAGCGACAAACCCUCAAAUUUACAACAAAAUGAAAAUUCAAAUCAAGUUCAACAAAGUUUAAAACAAAUUCAACUCAAGUAUACAGAUUUAUUUUGUCUAGAAAAACAUGAAUGGAUCUCAGAUAUUGUUAUUGAUGCUUAUUUGAAAAUUGUAGUGAAUAAAUCUCCUUUUGACAUUGGAGCUACAAAUACAUACUUCGGCCAAUACUUAGAUGUCGAAAAUCAUGAAAAAAUGAGGCAGUGGGAAGGUAUCAAACCACUAUUGGAAGGAAAAUUUACUCAAUUUUUGAUUCCAUACAGAACAAAUAGCCAUUGGAUUCUUUUCGAUGUUGCAUGGGAUGAUAACACAAUCACAUUAUACGAUUCACUUAACAGACCAACACCUUCAGCUGCAAAAAAACUCAAAAAUUUUCUAACUAAAAAUUCUGAUAAAGAAUGGAAAUUUAACAAACCAAUAGUAUCAGGACAGGAAAAUUCGAAUGACUGUGGCGUUUUUUUGAUCAAAUUUUCUGAAUAUAUCUCGAAUGGUGAUGAUCCACUGGAUGUUGAUCAAAAAGUUGCAAGAAAAGCUCGAAAAGAGAUCAAAGAAGUUCUGAUGCAGCAUAUUACUGAUUAUAGAUUAAAUCCACCAAAUAGAAAAUCAAAUCAGACUAUUAAAUGA